AGAGAUAUACCGGAACCAAUGGAUCCAUGUGGUUUGGUCCCAGGGCUGAAUGAGACUAUCCUCUCCAAGAAUCCAGCAAACAAUGUGGGUUCUCAAAGACAAAUAUACAUGUGGCUCAGACUGAGGCAGGGGCGGAAUCAGGGUGCUGAGAGCUGGAAUGGGUUUCUGACAGGGAGGGGGGGCCUCCAGAGAUGAGAUGACAUAAUGGGGGGGGCACCCUGGCAUCUUGAUAAGACAGUAUCUGAUAUUCUAAUAGCUUGGGAUGGGGAGAGGCAUUCAGAUAUUUAAACAUAAGAUCUUUUAUCCUUAUCAAGUACUCUGAUAAAGAGGGAGGGGAGGCUUUGCAGGACUGAACUUUUAGCUGGAGCAGAGAAACUGAGUCAGGACUUGGUCAGGAUAAUUAGGGAGACUGAGAACUGUGGCACGACAGAGCUGGCCUGGUUUCCAGGGUAAACACAGGCCUGCCGUAAAGGACAUUCAUUCAUUAAGGCACCAGAACCUUCUUGAAUUUCCUGGGAUUCUAUCAGUUAAUUCCGAGCCGGUUCCAAAGUUCUUAGCAAACAAAUUUACACAAAGGCUUGCCAGGAACUAAUUCACUGAGACUCCUCACUCAGAUUCCUUGCAAACUGGCAGGGACAGGAGUGCAGUAUCUGCUUCAAUUCACCGGGCAGACACAAGAAACAGGGAUUACGAGUUUGUCUAGGGAGCCGAUGGAUGGCUUUAGGCUGCGCCACCUUGGCUCUCGGGUCCCUGAGAGGUAGCUGGGCAUAAAUCUCACAGCGAAAACCGGGUGCUGCUCAAAGCAUUUCACUUUGCCAGCGUGAGAUAAUGCAGAGAAUGAGUGCCCAUCCUCUCCUGUCUUCCUGGUAGGAAUCCCCCCAAGGGAAAGUGUAGACCCCCCAAGUCAGCAGGCAGCCCCGUGCGCCCUUUCACCCCACACCUGGAGACGUUGUUUUCUUUUUGUGAGUAAGAAGCUGACUAAGAUGAAAGCCGGCAAGUUUCUGUUUAUGUGGUUUAUGUUAUGUUAUGUGGUUUAUGUGGGAGCCGUGCGGCGCCUCCCCCUGUGCCAGGAACUUCUCCCACCACUGCACCACCUCGGGGCUACUACCCGGCCCCCACCGCUGCGCCUCCGGACGCGCCCACUCAGCCCUCGCCCCGCAUCACUGAAGCACCCACUUCGUCUCCAAAGGCUGCUCUGCUACCGGGGAGGGGCGCCAAUGCAGAACCAGUCCCUUCGAGCCCCUUCCCCGAGUUUUCCGAGAAAUGAAUGAGAAAGACCGGAGCGGCAUCCAUUUCCCAGAAUCUAUCUGGAAAAAUCCUCUCCAACCCGGUCCGUGGGUCUCCCCGGUUUCCAGCCGACGCAGACCGCCCCCCCACCCGGAGGCAUAGUGGGAAUUGUAGUUUCUGGUAGAUUCCGCGCAGGCGCUGUACUCGGGUGAGGAAGCGGCCGGGUUAUCCGCGACCGGAGCACUAGGCGAUCCUUCUCGCUGCUGGCGGUUCUGCCUUCUUAGUGAGUGCUCUGCUCUUCCCCAAGAAAGAACAAUUCCCCGAGAAAGAAGGAAAUGACUUCAGUGCUCCUAACAGCCCAAUCCCAGAUCCCACUAACGUUCCAGGAUGUGGCUGUGGACUUCACCUGGGAGGAAUGGGGGCUCUUGGAACCUUCUCAGAAGGACAUGUACUGGGAUGUGAUGCUGGAGAACUAUGAGAAUUUUGUCUCUCUUGGAGGUGUUCCUCUUUCCAUACCAGAUGUAAUUUCCCAGAUGGAAAGAAUAGAAGCUCCAUGGAAGGCAGAGGGAGGAAUCCUGAUUAGUACUUUCCUAGAUUCCCUUAGUCAGAAGACAAGAUGUGAAACCAAGGAGACAACUGGGAAGCAGGAUAUUUUUUUGGGAGAACUAUUUAAAGAGAAAUUUGUAAAGGAAGGGCCCUGGCAUUCCAUAUGGGGAGAAACUUGGGAUUGUGGUGACAGGUUAGAUAGGCAGAAAGGAAACCAAGAAACACAGUCUCAGGAGGUAAUAAUCCUUAAUGAAUCUGUUCAUGAAUAUAAUAUAUUUAGGAGAAAGCUCAACCUGGGGUCAGUUGUUAUUCCACAACAGAGAGUUCAUGUAGGAGAAAGUCUUCCUAAAUACAGCACACUUGGAAGGAGUUUAAAGCAGUUUUUUGACCCACUUAAACCUAAAAGAAUCUCCAUUGGGAAGAAACUCAAGUAUAGUAAAUGCAAGAAGCCCUUCAGUUAUAAGUCAAACCUUAUUUAUUACCAUAGAACCUACCCUCAGGGGAAACCCCAUAAAUGUAAUGAAUGUAACAAAGCCUUCAGCAAGAAAGGAAGCCUUAGUGCACAUAAACUAAUUCAUACUGGAGAGAAACGGUUUGAAUGUAGUGCCUGUGGAAGAGGCUUCAGAUAUCAUUCAUCUCUUAAACAACAUCAAAUAAUUCAUACUGGUGAGAAACCCUAUAAAUGCAGUGAAUGUGGGAAAGGCUUUAGCCAAAGAGGAAUCCUUAAGACACAUAAAAUCAGUCAUACUAGAGAAAACCACUUGGAAUGUAAUGUAUGUGGGAAAGGCUUUAGAUAUCGUGCAUCCCUUAGAGUACAUAAGAAAAUUCAUACUGGAGAGAAGCCACAUAUAUGUAAUGAGUGUGGGAAAGCCUUCAGCCUGAAGGGAAAUCUUAGAACGCAUAAGAGAUUUCAUACAGGUGAGAUGCCUUUUGAAUGUAAUGAAUGUGGGAAAGCCUUCAUCCUGAGAAGAGAUCUCAACAAACACAAGAGAAUUCAUACUGGUGAGAAACCCUAUGUAUGUAACGAAUGUGGGAAAGCCUUCAGAUGGAAUGGAAGUCUUAAAUCACAUAAGAGAAUUCAUACUGGAGAGAAACCCUAUGUAUGUAAUGAAUGUGGGAAAGCAUUCACCAAUUAUCAAAGUCUAACUCAUCAUCAAAUAUUUCAUACUGGAAAGAAAACCUUUCAGUGUAAUGAAUGUGACAAAGCUUUCACUCAGAGAGCAAACCUUAAUAGACAUAAAAGAAUUCAUACUGGAGAGAAACCUUAUAUAUGUAAUGAAUGUGGAAAGGCUUUUAUUGUCAUGGGAAAUCUUAAAAGACAUAUGAGAAUCCAUACAGGAGAGAAACCUUAUAAAUGUAAUGAAUGUGGAAAAGCAUUCACCAAUCAUCAAAGCCUAAUUCAUCAUCAAAUAUUUCAUACAGGAGAGAAAACUUUUCAGUGUAAUGAAUGUGAGAAAGCCUUCACCACAAAGGGAAAUCUUAAUAUACAUAAGAGGGUUCAUACUGGAGAGAAACCAUAUGUAUGUAAUGAAUGUGGUAAGUCAUUUAAUGUGAAGAGAACCCUGACUAUGCAUAAAAUAACUCAUACUGGAGAGAAACCCUAUGAAUGUAAUGAAUGUGGGAAAGCAUUUAGCCAGAAAGGAAGUCUUAAAAGACAUAAGAGAAUCCAUACUGGGGAGAAACCCUAUAAAUGUAAUGAAUGUGGAAAGGCUUUUACCAAUCAACAAAGUUUAACUUACCAUCAAGUCUGUCAUACCAGGGAGAGACCUUUUCAGUGUAAUGAAUGUGGGAAAACCUUCAUCCAGAAAGGUAAACUUAAUAGACAUUCCAUAACUCAUAAGGGAAUGAAACUCUACAUCUGUAAUGAAUGUGGAAAAGCCUUUAACCAGAUGGGAAAUCUUAAUACACAUAAAAUAACUCAUAGUGGAGAAAUACAAUUUGAAUUACUUAAUGCUAGGAAGCCAUAAAAUACAUAAAAGAAUCUAUAUAAAUAAAUAAAUGUGAAAGUCUUCAAGUAUUAUCAAAGCCUAAAUUACCAUCAAUAUUUCAUACUGAUGAGAAAGCAUUUCUCUAUAAUGUUUAAAAGCAAGUAAAAGGAAACUUAAUUCAUGUAAGAGAAUUCAUUCAGUGAGUUGGCUGUUCUAUUUAUUUAGUAUGGGAAAACCGACCAAAAUUCAAGAUCCAUUUCAUUUCAUAUUCAAGGAAAACCAUUCCAGUGUGAUAAUUGUACUCAAAGAACCUCAGAAUUCUUAGUGGAGACAAAUGUCAAUUCAAACAUUACUGUGCAUAAUGAAAUUCAUAAAACCUCCCCUGUCCCCUUUGAAUAAAAACAGGAAAAUAUUCAGGUUCAGGCCAUAUCAGAUAAUUUGUACUGAAGUAAUGUCCAUUUAAAUUUAAGAAAACUGAGAAAGUCUUUAGAAAAAGUACAGCAUGUUCAGGUAUAUUGAAUGGGUACUCAUCUAUAAAUGAAUUAAAAUUCAUUCAGAGACAAACUCUUUUAAGAUAACUGACAGUAACCUUACCAUAAGUCAAAAGAGUGGUUGAUACCAAGGGAGCAGAGUUCUGAGAGCCUAAUAUACUUUCUUAGAAAACUAUUCAGAGAGGCAGGGAGAGUCAAGAUGAAUUCAUAUAGAAGAUAGAUUAACUUACUCUACUUUUACCUAAAGAGAUGAAAAAGUAGACGUUGUAAAGAGGCAGAUUUCAGUUAAUUAUAUGUAAGGAGGCCUGAAAAGUUUUGAGUCUAAGUGGAAAGCAGCAAUUAGGCAUAAAAAUUAAUGAUGGGAUUGUGUGACCUACAUGUUUCGACUGAGUCUCAUUUUAGCCUUCGGUUUGAGUUGAGUUGCAUGCUAUUCAUAGAAGAUCUUAAAUAUAAGAUUGUCCUAAAGCCCCAGUCACUACAUAGUCCCAUAGAAGCUUAAGAGCCAUUGUUUAAGAUGAUGCUUUUUGAGGACGUAGAUUUAUGAUCAGCAACAUAAUAGGAGUUAUGAGGGAUGGUCUAACCCAAAGUCAAAUCAUGAUGAGAGCCAUGGGUUUACAGUUGGCAUCAGACAAUUGGAGUCAAAAGAAAAGACAACUUCAGAGGGCAUCUAAUUGGCUUUUAUUAGUUCCCCAGACAAAUGUCAUGUAUAUAAUAAUUCCAAGUUGUGCAAUAAGAAUAUUAGCCUGCUCCUUAUAAAUUAAGAACUUCUAAACAUUGCACUUCAAUUAAGAAUAGAGAGCAGAAGGGUAUCCCUUAAUGCUGGAACCCCUGCACAGUCUAGCUCAAUAAACAUGAAAUCAUCAGAAGCAACACAAUAGAGUUGAAAUGUGACCAUCACCAGAAAACAGAGAUGCAUUGUCCCAGUCAUACAUGUGCUGUGGCUACAUCUGUACCUGAUUUUUUUCCCUUAACAUGUGUUCCUUUGUGUGUGCCUUCCAUUUGUCUUCCCAGCCCAUGUGAGUACUAUGUGAAUAUUAUUUCCAACCGUUUUUGUAACUUGUGGGAUAUGCACCCCAUGUAUAUGUGAGGUACAUUUUGUUGCUUUCUUUACUAUGCAAUUUGAUUAAAUUUUAUUUUGAAUUA